GGCAGCCAGUAGCGCUAGCGCCAGCCGCCAUCCAAUACGUGCGCGCGACGUUGCCAGCUCGCACUGCGGCGCCACAAGACGCCGGCGGCGCGGCGACGGGACCGCUGCGGCCUGCGUCACUCCGCGCGGAUUCUUGCAGCGGACACGACGCGCGACGACUGACUUUUUAACGACUACGACGCCUGUUAAUUGCCUAGUUUACGUUUUAAUUGUUGUAAAUCAUUCCAGUGACCCUCUCGCGAGCGGCGCGUUGUCAGCUCGCGCCGCGACGCGCGAUUUCGACCGCGUAGUGUUUAGUGAACGUAAUUCGGGAGUUGGACAAUAUGAGUUACGCGCUGGACGCCGAAGCUUUUAUAAGCGAGGUGAAGAAGUAUCCUCAGAUAUGGAACAUGACGGGCGAGGGCAGCAAGAAGGGGUCGCGGAAGGGGGACGCGUGGGAGGCGGUGGCCAGGGUGUUCAUACCGGACCUGGAGACCAUGUCGGAGGCCGACAAGUUUGAAGUAUAUCGCAAGCUGCACGGGAAAUGGCGGAACAUCCGCGACGCUUACGUUCGCAACCUGAAACGGGGGGAGGGGAAACGGAAGUACAUGUACGCGAAGCAGCUGGCCUUCCUCGACGCCAUCUACAAGCAGGAGGAGCCGAGCCACGAGGGCAGCAGCAGCGAGGAGGAGGCGCGGAAACCCGCCAAGAUGAUGCGACACAUCGAGGUGUACGCCAGCCCCCCGGACCAGUUUAGCGAGGACGACGCCUCCACGAUAGACAAUUUGAAGAGAAGGCGACUCAAUAACACGGAAAACAUCGAAUUCGUGAGCACCGUCGGCCAGAACGACUCCAACUACCUCGCCGAAGAUGCCGAUAGAUCCUUCUUCGACUCGGUGCUGCCGGCGGUCCGGGAGUUCGACAUGGACCAGAAGCUGGAGUUCCGGGGAGAGGUGCUGAAGCUCAUAAAGAGGAUCCGCUCCACGCCGUACAUGCACGUCAAAAUAGACCAGGGUUUACAUUAUAAUGAAUAAAUUGUAUUGUUAAGUUUAUAUAAGUA